AUGAGUUAUUCACCGGGAAAUCGCGUCGUUGAGAGCUCAAAUUUGAACUCGACCAAGAGGGUUGGCACCUCUGCCUUUUCCGAGAGCAUUAGGGAAAGGCGAGCCUUGAAACUCCCGAUCAUGCUGUGCUGUUCAGUAUCAUUCGGCGGUUUCAUAUUUGGCUGGGAUGUGGGAACUAUCGGUGGAAUUACCAAUAUGGACAGCUUUAAUCAGCAUUUUGGCACUAUAAGAAAUCCUUUCACCGGAGCGAGAAGACUACCAGACACUCUUAUUGGACUUAUAGUAUCAAUAUUCAACGUCAGUUGCGCCAUCGGUGGGCUUACGCUGGCCAAAGCUGGUGACUACAAGGGAAGAAAAUUUGGCAUUUAUGUGGCACUGGUUGUAUAUUGCGCUGGUCUUGUCAUCGCUCUGACAAACGACACAAAUUGGAUUCAAUUUCUGUUUGGUCGAAUUUUUGCAGGGCUUGGUGUUGGCUCAACAGCUGUUCUCGUUCCAAUAUACCUGUCUGAGAUUUCACCCUUGAGAAUUAGAGGAGCUAUGGUUGGAUCUUACCAGCUACUGAUAACGCUUGGAAUUUUAACUGGUAACGUCACAAAUUAUGGUUGUAAUCAAAUGUUUUUCAAUGAUCUCAGCAAUAUGGCUUGGCAGUUCCCGAUAUCCCUGGGCUUCCUAUGGGCUCUUAUAAUUGCUGUGGGACUAACGUUCACGCCUGAAUCGGCGCCAUUUCUCAUCUCACGCAGGAAUGCAAUCACAGAGGCGAAAGAGUCAUUUGCCAAAAUGAACGCCGUUUCCACCUCUGAUUAUCGAACAACUGACUUUAUCGAAAGGAGUGUCAGGGAAAGGUAUAUAAGAAAAAAGGAGGCAAAAAACCAAGACAUAUUUGAAUGGGCUAGAGGUAAGCCAAUGCUCGGCGUAAGAUUGCUCAUUGGUAUCUCCGUCAUGUCUUUCCAGCAAUUAUCUGGGAUUAAUUAUUUUUUCUACUAUGGGACCACAAUCUUCGAGAGGACCUCGAUGGAUCCUUACGCAGUUACUAUGAUUCUCUCUUCAGUAAAUUUUAUUGCAACCUUUGGUGGCCUUUACACAGUCGAGGCUUUUGGAAGAAGAACAUGUUUACUUGCAGGAUCGAUCGGAAUGUUUUGCUGUAUGUUAAUAUUUGCAAGUGUUGGAAAUUUUGCCAUGAACUCUGACGCGGCCUAUGCAGUAAUGAUAACGUCAACAUGCGUCUAUCUAAUCUUCUUCGCAACCACCUUGGGUCCCGUAACAUUCGCGCUGGUGUCAGAGCUAUUCCCCAUGAGAACAAAAGCCACUUCAAUGGCCGUCUGUACUUCCUUUAAUUGGAUGUUCAAUUUUUUGAUCUCGUUCCUCACUCCAAUUAUAGCUUCAAGAAUUGGUUUCCUGUAUGGGUAUUUCUUUGCCGGGUGCCUGUUGGUUUCAGCCAUUUUUGCCUGGGUCAUGGUACCAGAAACGAAGAAUAUGACAGAGACUGACAUCGAUGCUCUUUAUUAUACAAUGAACUGGUGA